UGGACUACUACAUGCAAUUGUUACAUAGCAUACACUGUUCCUAUGCUUUCUGGUGCAAAGGAGCAUCAUCGGACGCGAGGAGCCAGCUGAGUUGCAGUGAGGUCAAGUCCUGUUAGAGUGUGUCUGGAGUCCAGAGGAGGCCUAAAGUCAGUCAAGCAGCUAUGGAUUCUCAAGUCCAUUGCCCCACAGGUCAAGACAAAGCCUGUUACUGGUUUCUGGAACACCACCUUUUACAGGGACCUCAUUGAAGACUACCUGAUUUACUGACCCUUAUUGGUUCUAGCAUUCGCUUAGGUGACAUGAGAGCUUCUUUGGAUGUUCGUAUCCCCUCGGGCUCAAUCACACUUAAAGGGGUACUCCGGUGGCCAAUGUGUUUUUUCAGUUUCUACUUACACUUGCAGAGGUGUGGAAAUGGGGCGAAACCAUUGCAGGAGAAGAAAAAACAGCAACACCUGCAGCAGUGACGUCUUGUCCACAACAGUGAACAAACAUGGCCCCAGGUGUGGACAACAGUCAAAAGCAACCAGAAAAACUACUGAACUUCCAUCACAGAAAAGAGGAAUACUACCACAAUGUACCUGUUAGUGGCUAUAUGUCUUUCUUUAUUGGCCCUUUGCACGGCUCCUCCACCACCUGAAACUAGAAGUCAUAGCACAGAAGAAUUUCAACCUAUUGAAAGUGUGUCUUAUGAAAAUUUCGAUCUAGAAAAUUAUGACCCCAGUCUAGAAAACUACGGAGAGUCUAUUGACCUGAACAACUAUGAAGAUGUAUACUAUUCCGAGCCUGAGUCUGAGAUUGAAGUAGCUACUCUAGCCCCGAAGCAUAAAAAGACAAAGCUAACAACAACCAAAGAACCCAAAAUUACCACACUUGCAUUGGUUGCAACAAAGCCAGCUGAACCAGACUUCUUCGGACCUUUGACAAAACAAGAUCUUCCAACUUGCUUAGUGUGUGUAUGUCUUGGUUCAUCUGUUUAUUGUGAUGAUGUAGACCUGACGACUCUCCCUCCACUCCCUAAGGAGACUACCUACUUGUAUGCCCGGUUUAACAAGAUUAGUCACAUUCGAGCCCAAAAUUUUGCAGGCCUUGACAAACUGAAGUAUGUGGAUCUCUCAAGUAAUUUUCUAUCUGAGAUUGAUGAUGAUGCUUUUCACCUGCUGCCUUCCCUCCAGGAACUCAUCCUAUCUGAGAACCAACUAAGGCGUUUGCCCGAGUUGCCCUCAAGUCUUGUUAGACUGAAUGUCCAAUACAAUCAGCUUCAAAGUUCUGGAAUUCAGACUGAGUCCUUUAAGGACCUCAGUCAUCUGCAUUUUCUGUACCUUUCAAACAACAAACUUGAUUAUGUACCUUUACCCCUUCCUGCCAGUCUUCGUUCACUUCACCUCCAGAAUAACAACAUCCAGGUGUUGCAUAAAGAUACCUUUUGUGAUAGCCGGGACCCCACUUUCAUCAGACGUGCUUUGGAGGAUAUUCGGCUGGAUGCUAACCCAAUUAACCUCAGCAAAUUUGCAAAUGAUUAUUUCUGUCUACCUAGACUUCCCACAGGCCAAUAUAUCUAAACAGAGCAAGCUGCCAAUCAAUGGAACUAAUGGUGUGCUAGAACAAAUUUCUAUGUCUAUAUGCUGUAUAUCAUAUCCAAGACUAUAAUAAACCAUAACAUUUUGUCUAUUUUAAUGGGCAACU